AUGUCUGGUUCUACUCGAGAUAAUUCCUUUUCAGACUCAACUGCUAAUGGGAAUGAAGAUAAUAAUAAUAUGCUGCUGAGUUCUUCCCAAUUAGAUUUAUCAAUUUAUUCGACAUCCGAGAAAAGACGAAAAUCGUCGAGGAUAUCCCAAAAAGCAACCACUUCAGAGAUCUUAACUCCAACUUUAUCUGCAAGUCCAAUAAUUCAAGAAAAACCUGGCUCGAAUCGAAUUUCAAGAUCUAAAGUCAGUGGUGUCAUACAGAAUGGAGGUCAUAAAGAAUUUGUAGAACCUCCUUUGCCAGAACCAACUCCAAUUUACACCGGUUUCCCACUUGAAACAUUUCCAAAUGCAAAGAUAAAAAAAGAAUCAUAUUGGCCAAUCAAAGUCAAAAAGUCAAAUAAAAGUAGUACAUCAACCUCAAGAGAGAAUUCUACAGCUCCUCAACUAGAUAACGAUAUAGAUUCUACUGUGGAGGAAUUAUACAGUAGCAAGCUUGAAACUCAAAAAUCAAAUAAUAUUACUGAACCAAGUGCAGUACGAACGCCAUUAAAAUUGAUCAUAAGGAAAACUUCUAAAUCAAGGUCAAGAACUCCAAGACAAGCUAAAAGAGCAGAACCUCAAUCAACAUCUCCAUUAAGAUCGUCUAAGAGAGUUAAGAUAAUAUCACCGAAAAAGACAGCAAGUACAAAUCUCGCACCCGCUACUGUGACCAAUAAUGGACAUCCACAUGAAGAAGAUGAUCCAACAAAGGAUAAUGAUGAUUUCUGUAGUUCAUGUGGAGGUCCGGGUAUAUUUAUUUGUUGUGAAACAUGUCCCAAAUCAUUCCAUUUCACUUGUUGUGAUCCACCCCUUGAAGAAGCUCCUGAAGAUGAUUGGUUUUGUCGUGAAUGUAUCGUGAAACGUGAUCCAACCUCCAUGCCGAAUUGGGAUCAUGUUGGAAUAUUCGGAAACUUAUUGAAUCAACAAGAAAGAAGGAAUCCUAAAGUCUUUCAUCUCCCCAAGAAUUUAAGAGAAAAUACCUUCCUUGGUGUCACUACUGAUGAUCAUGGAGAUUAUAUCGAUGAUACCAUUAAACCUGAGUUAUCAUAUACAAAAGCUAACGGUUCUCAAAUUCCAGGUUGUAAUAAAAAUAUUGAUCUUGAAAUAGAAAGCUUAUAUAACAAAGAUGGAAGGCCAUAUUUAUGUCAUAAAUGUGGUGAAUCAGGUUUGAAUCAUCGAAUUUUAACACAUUGCGAUUAUUGUCCAUUAGUGUGGCAUAUUGAUUGUUUGAAUGAGCCUAUCUUUGGGCCCAAAACGAUUGGUAGUAAAUGGAGAUGUCCUAAUCAUGUUGAAGAAUUACUUCCAACUGGAAUGUUUAAAUUUAGACAUCUUAAGAAUGCAACUGUGGUUGAUCCUUCGAUACAAAGUAAUUUCUUAAAUAUAGCGUUGUUAAGUAACAUUAUCAUUAAACAUGAUUCUCAACCACUUAUAAAAGAAGAUCAAAAUCCAAGUCUUCAAGAAUAUAAGCAAUUUGAAAUGGAAGAUUUUUCUAAAGAAGACUCGGCAUUUAGUAAUAAGGAUCAGAGUCUAGAUGGUGAUCUGGUUGAUGAAUAUGACGAAGUACAUCCUAAUUUCAAAUUGCCUGACUAUUUCCAAACAUCAGCUAAUAGUGUUGGAGUGACAGCAAAGGCUUCUAAUCGGUUGACCAAAUAUCUUAAUAUAACUACUCCAGAAGAAAGUGGAGAAUUAAGUUCAUUCAUAUAUCGAAUUCCGGAGAAGCUGAUUCUUAUCGACUUUUUUGCUAAAGUUAAACUGGAUAAUGAAAAGUCCAAGAUUAUAAAUACCAUCCAAGAAUAUGAUGCCUUGAAGAGGAUAGAAGAAAAUGAAGACGAGAGAAAUCUCGUAGAUAGUUUAGUUGAAAUAAAGAGCAACCCUUCCACAGGUUUAAAUUUGAAGGAGUUGGUUAAUAUUGCUUUUAAGGAAAGCAAUGAAAUAAAACAAGAGGAAGAAGAAGCUACAAAUGUUGAAGAUUUAAGUAAGGAUGAAUUGAAGGAUUUACUUUAUAUUAAAAAGUUAAUGGAACUUAAAGGUAAAGAAAGUUUAUUAAAAUUCCUCCAAUCUUAA